CAAAAAAACAAAAAACAAAAACGUUGUCGAAAAGAGAAAUCACAUGCAGGAUGGGUGUGCGAUUAAACGUGGCUGCAAUGACCUUGUUGGUGUUGUUUGCAUCCCAUGCAAACGCCCAAGUCUUCGACGUAACAGCGAAUGGUGCGAAACCCAACGCCGAUAGCACUCAAGCCUUGUUGACCACAUGGAAAGAGGCUUGUGCAUCGGCAACAAGAAGUAAAAUAGUGGUGCCGAAAGGGGUAUUCAAGGUAACACAAGCACUAUUUCAGGGACCUUGCAAGGCUCCCAUUGAGUUCAAUCUGCAAGGGACAUUGCAAGCCCCACCUGUCGGCGGCGGUUUCAAAGGCGGCGAUACCUGGAUUGGCUUCGAGCACGUCGACUUCCUUACUGUUUCCGGUAACGGAGUUUUCGACGGCCAGGGAAAGUCAGCUUGGGGUAAAAAAUGCGACCAUACCGAGUAUUGCGGCAAGCAGCUUCCCAUUAAUCUCAGAUUUGACUUCGUCACCAAUUCCCUAGUCCAAGAUGUGACCACCCUGGACAGCAAGCAAUUCCACGUCAACGUUUUGGGAUGUAAGAACGUAACGUUCCACAAUUUCCAUGUCAUUGCACCGGAAAACAGUGUCAACACAGAUGGAAUCCACAUUGGUCGCUCGACUGACAUCAAAAUUCUCAACUCAAUCAUCCAAACCGGCGACGAUUGUGUGUCGAUCGGCGACGGCAGCAAGCAAAUCUACCUCACCCAGGUCACGUGCGGUCCCGGACAUGGAUUUGGCAUAGGAAGCCUUGGAAAGUACUUAAACGAGCUGCCUGUUCAGGGAAUAUUUGUCACUGGUUGCACUCUCAAGAACACCCUGAACGGAGUCAGAAUUAAGACUUGGCCAAACUCCUAUCCCGGAACUGCUUCAGACAUACAUUUCGCGGACAUAACAAUGGAGAAUGUGGGCAAUCCUGUGUUGAUUGACCAAGAGUACUGUCCAUGGAACCAGUGCAACCUUAAGGUUCCGUCCAAAGUUAAGCUCAGCAACAUCAGCUUCAAGAAGAUCCAUGGCACAAGUUCAACUCCUCUUGCAGUCAAUCUUGUGUGCAGCUCAGGAGCUCCUUGUCAAAACGUGGUGAUUCAAGACAUUAAUCUGAAAUACAGUGGAAGCCAAGGCCCAAUUACUUCUAAAUGCAAGAAUGUCAAGCCCACCGUCGGCGGCGUACAGAACCCAGCGGCCUGCAUCACUUCUGCUUAAUUGAUACAAGUUGACUACUUAGUUUUUCACAUUUUUCAGUUGAAAAAUAAGUCAGCUAUACUAUGAAGGACACAAAUAUAAAGUUACUUUUUAUUUGUGUUUUGUUUUUUUUUUGGGUCCCUUUCAUGCUCAAUAGCCUAUAUAGGACAUACUGUUGUUAUGUAUUCAAAAACUGCUGAGAAAUUAUUAUAAAAUAAAGUUAA